AUGGAUUCUCUUCCACUAGAGAUCUCUCUAAACAUCUUUUCACGACUGCCGUUUGUCUCCCUCAUCUACUGCAAGCGUGUAUCCAAGUCCUGGCAUGCAUUGCUGAAGCAUCCUCACUUCCCUUACUUGCAAAAAGCCUUUCAUGAUUUCCAAAACAACUUGUGCCUCAUCCUCCAUUGCUCUUCUUCUUGUUCACCACACGACCAUAUUUUUAUUGUCAAUAGUUGUAGUCAUCUCAGCGACCCCGAUGAACACUGGAAGGAUAUCAUGGGUAUCAACGUGCCGCUGCAAAAUCACAAGUUUAACUCUAUCGUAAACUGCAAUGGUUUGCUGUUCUUGUCCUAUAUUGAAUCUGAUAACAUCAUGAUGCAUAACAAAGGUUGCGUUUACAAUAUUCUUGCGGCUAAGUUGACAAAUUUGCCAAAUUCUCCCACCUUCUUUAAGGAAUUCAAGGUGGCAUACGGGUUUGGCUUCCAUCCAAGAACCAAGGAAUACAAGGUAGUGAGAAUUGUUGAACAAGAAUGUGUAAGAUAUGAUUUUGGACGUUUUGAACUAUCUUUAGACCAAACUAUUGAGGUGUUUACUCUGGGAACAUAUGCCUGGAGAACUAGAAGAAAUAACCCCUUCUUGCUUCAGAUGCAACCUAGUGAGGCAUUGGUUAAUGGAGCUCUUCAUUGGUUAGGCCAAGCCAAGGUAAGCCACUCACAACUCAUUAUAUCCUUCAACUUGGAAAAUGAAGGAUUUUAUCAGAUUCCAAACCCAAAUUGUAGAUUUGAUAUGCUACAAAGCCAUUUGCUAUUAUUAGGAGGGUGUCUAUCUUUGACUGUUCAUACUGAUAAAAACAAUAUUGAUAUUUGGUUGAUGAAGAACUAUGGAAUACAGGGGUCUUGGACUAAAGAAUUCACCAUCAACUCUGGAAGUCUAUCAUUAGGAUCUAUUCGGCCUCUAUUCCUCCUGUCAAACGGCAAGGUUUUGAUUGAAUAUGCAAAACAAAGCCUCUUUUUAUAUGACACAAACAAGAAGAUGACCAAGAAAAUAAAUCUUGGUGACUUCCCGUAUUAUUUCCAAGCAGUUCCUCAUGUCAAACCUAUCAAUUCAGUAAGGCCUUAG